AUGAAAAAUACUUAUAGAAAUAUAUAUGCAGCAGCAACAACAGCAGCAGUAGCUGAAGUUAUUGAAAUACAAGAAUUUAUUCCAAGAGAAAUGUUAGAUUAUAAUAAUAAUUGGCUUAAACAAACAAAUAGAUUAGAUUCAAUAAAUACAUUUAUCUUACCAACAUUAUCAACACAAACAAAAAAACAACAACAUCAUUAA